AUGAAGGUGCAGGGCUAUCAGGGAAACUCUGAAUGCCCCUUUUUCCUCUGGGGACUUCUAGCCUUCUUGGGCUUGGCUCUGGUUAUAUCGUUGAUCUUCAAUAUUUCCCACUAUGUAGAGAAGAGGCGACGAGAUAAAAUGAUGUACAGAUACCCUGAUGACUACAUUCCAAGAGGUGAUGAUUAUUAUGUUGAAGAUAUUCCAAUUUACGGUAACUUAAAUAAUAUAAUCCCAGAACCAAUGGAUGAGGACUGCUAUGAGCAAAUGAAAUCUCGACCACAAAGAUCUGAAAGCGAUAUGCAAGAAGCCACUUCAUCUGCCCAGGUACCUGCUGAAAAUCAGAUGUGCUAUGCCACACUUGACCACAGCUUCAAAGGGAAACGAAGAAGGCCCAAGAAACAGAAUGCUAAUUUCUCAGACAAGGAGAAGGACACACAAGUUUGUGCAAUGGAUGCUGACGUAUCUCAGAUCAGUUCGGUAGCAAGUUUCCCACCAGAUAAUGAGGAGGUAGAGGAAAGUGUUCACGAUGAUCCUGCAAGACUGUUUGGAUUGAUCCGUGCCAAGAGAGAGCCUGCAACCUAGCUGGCCGAUGACCCAGCUCACUGAUAAUGCCGCUAUUACAGAUGGUUAAGAAAACAAGAUCCUCACAUGUCACACCUCACGUGACAUACAAGGACUGGCAGGACAAUAGUCUGCUCUUUUGUAGAUGGGAUGGUAUCUUCGUUGUUCUCCAGAAAUUGCAUCUCCACACACUAAACCUAAUACCAUUAAAAUUAGUUAUAUGAAUUAAAUUUUAAAAUAUCCAAGUAGGAAAUGUAAAACAAGAAAAUCCAGUUUGCAAAUUAAAUUACUUGAUAACAAAAUAUAUAGUAAUACCUAGGAAAAAUUAAAAAAUGUAUACAUAUGUGCCCUAGGACAUGUUGAAUGAAAAAGUCAAUGACUUACAAUAUUAAUCAAAUAUUUUCUCUUUCAUCAAUGUGAAAUAAUUAGAAAUUUCAGUAACUUCUAGUAAUUAAAAUAAUAAUUGAAUGUACUUUGCCAGAAAAAAUAUAAUCUUGAGGAGCAUGUUUCCAAAUGUAAAUAGCAUAAUUAGUUUAAAAACUGCUAUAAAAAUAAAUCCAUGUUCCUUACAACAAUCUACAAAACAUACAUAAAUAAAUAAAUAAAUAAAUAAAUAAAAGAAUUUAGAAAUUCUACCACUAGAGAUAAUUAGUAAGAAUAACU